AUGAAUAAAGAAAGAGAGAAAGUUCCAACCCCGGAUUGCAUAUGGCAUUUGGUGAACUUUUUCAAGACAAUUCUCCAUAAGUUUGUCUUGGUCAACACUGCCCCGUAUAAGAAACUGGUGGAAUUCAUUAAAUUCCUAAUCUCCUACUCUGACCAUUUUUUGUUGCACCACUAUACAUACAAUAUCACAUAUAUAAUGGCGACAACAACUAACACAACAACUACACCACCACCACCACCACAACAACAAGUAGAUACAGCGACGGCAGAAGAGCUAACAGCAAAGGCAGUACAAAAGAGAUAUGAAGGUUUAGUGAUGGUAAGGACCAAAGCAAUAAAAGGUAAAGGCGCGUGGUAUUGGGCUCAUUUAGAGCCUAUGUUGGUCCACAACACCGACACUGGCCUUCCUAAAGCUGUGAAGCUACGGUGUUCAUUAUGCGACGCCGUUUUCUCCGCUUCCAACCCUUCAAGAACUGCCUCUGAGCAUCUGAAACGUGGUACUUGUCCUAAUUUUAACUCUCUACCGAAACCCAUUUCUUCAAUCUCUCCAAAUACUGCCUUAUUGCCUUCACCGUCUUCAAGUGGCGGUGUUACUACAGUAGCUCAUCCUAGUAGCAAUAGGAAACGACCUGUCGUUUCAAGUUCAGGGCUUUCUGGUUCUGGUGGCGUUGCAUCAUCAACGUAUCCAGUGACACCUGUUGGUAGUACGUACCAAGUGAGUCCUCUUGCUAUUGUGGAUCCAUCAAGAUUCUCAGGUGAGAUAGCUAUGUUGCCACAACAGCCACAUUUGAUGUUGUCUGGUGGGAAAGAGGAUUUGGGUGCUUUAGCUAUGUUGGAAGACAGUGUAAAAAAGUUAAAGAGUCCUAAAACUUCGCCAGGGCAAGCUCUGAGUAAGACCCAGGUUGACUGUGCGCUUGAUCAUUUAGCUGAUUGGGUUUAUGAGUCUUGUGGGUCUGUGUCCUUUUCGAGUUUAGAGCAUCCAAAGUUCAGAGCUUUUCUGAAUCAAGUUGGGUUGCCUGUGGUUUCAAGAAGGGAUUUUGUAGGUGGGAGAUUGGAUGUUAAGUACGAGGAAGCUAGGGCUGAAUCUGAGGCAAGGAUUCGAGAUGCUAUGUUUUUUCAGAUUGCGUCGGACGGGUGGAAGGUGAAGAGUAAUGGGGGUCUUGGUGAUAUAAAUUUGGUGAAUUUGACAGUGAAUUUGCCUAAUGGAACUAGUUUGUACCGGAGAGCCGUGUUUGUUAGUGGUUCAGUGCCUUCCAAGUAUGCAGAGGAGGUUUUUUGGGAGACUAUAACAGGCAUUUGUGGGAGUCUUGUGCAACAGUGUGUAGGGAUAGUUGCAGACAGGUUUAAGGCUAAGGCAUUGAGGAAUUUAGAGAACCAGAAUCAUUGGAUGGUCAAUCUUCCUUGUCAAUUACAAGGGUUCACUAGUUUGAUUAAGGAUUUUAGUAAGGAGCUUCCACUGUUCAGGACUGUGAGUGAGAAUUGCUUCAAGCUCGCAAGUUUUGUCAAUAAUAAGACCCUAAUUCGAAAUAGUUUCCAUAAAUAUCAAUUGCAAGAGUACGGGAAUGCAAGAUUAUUGAGAGUGCCCUUGCGGGAGUAUGAGAAGAUGGAUUUUGGACCUGUUUAUACAAUGCUAGAGGAUAUAAUGAGCUCAGCUCGAGCAUUGCAGUUGGUUUUGCUCGAUGAAUCAUAUAAGAUAGUUUCCAUGGAGGAUCCUACUGCAAGAGAAGUUGCCGAGAUGAUUGGAGAUGUGGGGUUUUGGAAUGAUUUGGAUGCGGUGCAUUCGUUAGUUAAGUUGAUCAAGGAAAUGGCUCAAGAGAUUGAGACAGAGAGGCCAUUAGUGGGGCAAUGUCUGCCGCUGUGGGAUGAACUUAGAGCAAAAGUGAAGGAUUGGUGUUCGAAGUUCCACAUUGCUGAAGGAGUAGUGGAGAAAGUGAUCGAAAGACGGUUCAAGAAGAAUUAUCAUCCUGCUUGGGCUGCUGCGUACAUACUUGAUCCACUUUAUUUACUGAGGGACAACAGUGGCAAAUACCUUCCUCCUUUCAAAUGCUUGACUCCGGAGCAGGAAAAGGAUGUAGACAAGCUUAUAACCAGGCUUGUUUCAAGGGAGGAAGCUCAUAUUGUACUGAUGGAACUCAUGAAAUGGAGAACAGAAGGACUUGAUCCUGUGUAUGCAAGGGCUGUCCAGAUGAAGGAGAGGGAUCCCAUUACAGGAAAGAUGAGAAUGGUCAAUCCUCAGAGUAGUAGGCUUGUCUGGGAGACUUAUCUUACUGAGUUCAAGUCACUAGGGAAAGUUGCAGUUAGGCUUAUUUUUCUUCAUGCCACUUCCUGCGGGUUCAAAUGCAAUUGGUCUUUGCUGAGAUGGGUUUGUGCCCAUGGGCACUCAAGGGCGGGCAUGGACAAGGUGCAAAAGUUGAUAUUUAUUGCAGCUCACUCAAAGCUUGAUAGGCGGGAGUUUUUGAGCGACGAAGAUAAGGAUGCAGAUCUCUUUUCAUUGGAAAACGGUGAGGAUGAUGUGCUAAACGAGGUUCUUGUUGAUGCAUCCUCAGU